CAGAACCUGGUGAAUACUACCUCUGGCCUACAUACAGGAUUCAGCUUUCUGGUGGCAGUGAUUUGGAGUUAAUAGGAGAUAGUGUACCAAUAUUAUGCUGAUAAAAUAUGUUGAUUACAGUUCUUUGGCGGGUAUUAAGAAUUGCAGCUGUCCUGUGUAAAGUUCUGCUGAGUGAACACAGGUCAGUGGUAAUGAUUCACAAUAUAAUAAGGUAUGGUCUAUAAAUAAACUGGUAGUUCAUCUGCCUGAGUCUUUAUUCCAAAAAUGUCAAACUCAUUCAGUAUGGCAUUAUCAGUUCUAAUUGUUAAAAUUGUGUUAAAAUUAACGGUCACAGAAUGUUUACAGUGGGUGUUAUACAAUACAUUUUUAAAAAUUAUAAUUGUUUGAAGUGUGAAAUAUUUCUGAAAUAUUGAAGUUUUGUGCUUAAGCUUUGAUUGAAAACUAUCUAUCCCUAUUCAUUUAAUACAUUUCCUAGAACUUAAUACAAAUAGAUUAUGUAGAAUGAAAAUAUAUAGUAUUAUCUAUGUACUUUUUAAAAUCAUAGGUAAGCAGGUCAGAACUAAACUUUCCCAAGCUUUUAAUCACUGGUUGAAUGUUCCAGAAGACAAACUACAGAUCAUAAUUGAAGUGACAGAAAUGUUGCACAAUGCAAGUUUGCUUAUAGAUGACAUAGAAGACAAUUCAAAGCUACGACGUGGUUUUCCAGUGGCCCACAGCAUUUAUGGAAUACCGUAUGUGAUAAACUGUGCAAACUUUGUAUAUUUCCUUGGUCUACAAAAGGUUUUAACGCUUGAUCAUCCGGAUGCUGUAAAAGUAUUCACCCGUCAAUUACUUGAACUCCAUAAGGGCCAAGGCUUCGAUAUUUACUGGAGAGAUACAUAUACCUGUCCUACAGAAGAAGCAUAUAAAACCAUGGUUCUGCAAAAGACAGGUGGCCUUUUUGGACUAGCCGUGGGCCUUAUGCAGUUAUUUUCCAGUUAUAAAAAUGAUCUGAAACCACUCCUUAACACUCUUGGGCUCUUUUUUCAAAUUAGGGAUGAUUAUGCAAAUUUACACUCCAAAGAAUAUAGUGAAAACAAAAGCUUUUGUGAAGACCUAACUGAAGGAAAGUUCUCAUUCCCAACUAUUCAUGCAAUAUGGUCCAGGCCAGAGAGCACACAGGUUCAAAAUAUUCUGCGACAGAGAACUGAAAAUGUGGAUAUAAAAAAAUACUGUGUACAUUACCUUGAGAAUGUGGGCUCCUUUGAAUAUACCCGGAAAACACUAGAAGAACUUGAGUCUGAAGCUUAUAAACAAAUUGGAUUGCUUGGGGGCAACCCUGAACUUACAGCAUUAAUUGAAUACUUAAGCAAAAUGUUCAGGGACAAUGAAAACUAACAUCAAUUUAAUGUUUCUGGAAAUGAUUUUUAAAGGAUCAAGAAAAAUUAGAUUUGUUUUACAAUAUCUAAGUGCUCAUAUGAAUUGUAUUGAAACCGACCAUAAGGGGUGUAACUGGAGAUUUGUGCAUACAGUAUAUUACUUUGAAAUUUCAAUUUUCAGUUACAUACAAAAUCAUGUGACAAAAGUCAAUUAAAAUAGCUUCAAAAUCAAUUAUUUUGAUUUGUAAUCACAUUUAAUUAUGACUUAAUUCUGAUUGUA